AUGAAUGCAGCUGGGUGGUGGAGUAACUAUGGUGGUAGUACACCAAACUUGAAGAAGAUGGCAAUUAGGAUUCUUUCAUUGACUAUAAGUUCAUUGGGUUGUGAGAGGAAUCGGAGUACAUUCGAAGGGGUGCACACUAAAAAGAGGAAUAGACUUGACUCGGAAAGAUUGAAUAACUUGGUGUAUGUUCAAUUCAAUGCAAAACUUGUCUACAAGAAGCAAAAAGUGAGCAAUGAUAAAGAUGUCCUUCAAGCAUAUGAUUGUACUAAAGCUCAACAUUGGUUGGUUGAUGGUGUUGACGACGAGAGUGAUGUUGAUCCAGUGAUCGGAGCAACAUGGGAGGUACUUGAUCAAGCGGUGGAAGUGAAUGAAGUGCUUCAACCUAGAAGGAGCACUAGGAAUGCAAGAGAAAUUGGUGAGGAAGAGUUUGUGUCGGAGGAGUCGUCCGAAGAAGAUGAUGGAUGUGACUUUGAGUCCAAUGAAGAAAGAGAUGUGCCUCUAGUGGAGGAGCGAGAUGAGAUUUUUGAGAAUGAUGAUUGA